AUGGUUCCAGAACGCAAUCUCCUCCUCAGGGGACGAUCUGGACAACCCAAAGAUCCAACACCAGAACCCAAAGAUCCAACUCCAGAACCCAAAGAUCCAACACCAGAACCCAAAGAUCCAACUCCAGAACCCAAAGAUCCAACGCCAGAACCCAAAGAUCCAACGCCAGAACCUAAAGAUCCAACGCCAGAACCCAAAGAUCCAACACCAGAACCCAAAGAUCCAACGCCAGAACCCAAAGAUCCAACGCCAGAACCCAAAGAUCCAACGCCAGAACCCAAAGAUCCAACACCAGAACCCAAAGAUCCAACUCCAGAACCCAAAGAUCCAACGCCAGAACCCAAAGAUCCAACGCCAGAACCCAAAGAUCCAACGCCAGAACCCAAAGAUCCAACGCCAGAACCCAAAGAUCCAACGCCAGAACCCAAAGAUCCAACGCCAGAACCCAAAGAUCCAACUCCAGAACCCAAAGAUCCAACUCCAGAACCCAAAGAUCCAACGCCAGAACCCAAAGAUCCAACGCCAGAACCCAAAGAUCCAACGCCAGAACCCAAAGAUCCAACGCCAGAACCCAAAGAUCCAACGCCAGAACCCACAGAUCCAACGCCAGAACCCAAAGAUCCAACGCCAGAACCCAAAGAUCCAACGCCAGAACCCAAAGAUCCAACGCCAGAACCCAAAGAUCCAACGCCAGAACCCAAAGAUCCAACUCCAGAACCCAAAGAUCCAACGCCAGAACCCACAGAUCCAACGCCAGAACCCACAGAUCCAACGCCAGAACCCACAGAUCCAACGCCAGAACCCACAGAUCCAACGCCAGAACCCAAAGAUCCAACGCCAGAACCCAAAGAUCCAACGCCAGAACCCAAAGAUCCAAUGCCAGAACCAGUUGGACUGACAGGAAGCCGGAGGAGAGAGACGGGAGGAUUUUGCUGCAGCGACGCCAGAAAGAGGCAAGAGGAGGGGGAGAGGAAAGAAAAGAGACGUUCAAGAUAA